AUGGCGGACCCGGAGCGCCAACAUGCCCUUUCGGCCUUCAAGGAGAAGUUGAUCGAAUCGCGGGAAUGGGAGGCAAAGCUCAAGGCGCUGCGCUUGGAGAUUAAAGGCCUACAAAAGAACUACGACCAGACGGAGGAGAACAUCAAGGCGCUGCAGAGUGUGGGCCAGAUUAUCGGCGAAGUUCUGAAGCAGUUGGACGAUGAGCGAUUCAUUGUCAAAGCAUCUAGCGGGCCAAGAUACGUCGUUGGGUGCCGAUCGAAGGUGGACAAGGCCAAACUGAAGCAGGGGACACGUGUGGCUCUCGAUAUGACGACGCUCACGAUCAUGCGGAUGCUGCCACGAGAGGUCGAUCCUUUGGUGUACAACAUGUCGCUGGAGGAUCCCGGCCAAGUCAAUUUUGCGGGUAUUGGAGGGCUGAACGAACAGAUUCGGGAACUCCGCGAGGUUAUCGAAUUGCCUCUGAAAAACCCCGAGCUUUUCUUGAGGGUGGGAAUCAAGCCACCAAAGGGCGUUCUACUGUACGGUCCUCCAGGGACAGGCAAGACGCUCCUGGCGCGUGCGGUGGCCAGCAGCCUCGAGACCAACUUCCUGAAAGUCGUUUCGUCCGCUAUUGUCGACAAAUACAUUGGCGAGUCUGCGCGCCUUAUCCGUGAAAUGUUCGGCUACGCCAAGGAGCACGAGCCGUGUAUCAUCUUCAUGGACGAGAUUGACGCCAUCGGUGGCCGGAGAUUUUCGGAGGGCACCAGCGCCGACCGAGAGAUUCAGCGGACGCUGAUGGAACUCCUUAACCAGCUGGACGGCUUCGACUACCUCGGCAAGACGAAGAUUAUCAUGGCGACGAACCGGCCCGACACUCUGGACCCCGCGCUGCUGAGAGCGGGCCGGUUGGAUCGCAAGAUUGAGAUUGCACUGCCAAACGAGGUUGGCCGGUUGGAGAUUCUCAAGAUCCACGCAGCGAGUGUGAUUACAGAGGGGGAGAUUGAUUUUGAGAGCGUGGUCAAGAUGAGCGACGGCCUGAACGGGGCUGAUCUACGGAACGUGGUGACAGAAGCCGGACUGUUUGCUAUCAAGGACUACCGGGAUGCUGUCAACCAGGACGACUUCAACAAGGCCGUGCGGAAGGUAGCCGAGGCCAAGAAGCUGGAGGGCAAGCUGGAGUACCAGAAGCUGUAA